AUGGCGACUCAAAUCCUUAAACGCAGCCUUUUGACGAGAAGCUAUACACCCAGCAGAACCCAAAACCUCUGCUUUAUGUUCUCUACAUCUCCGCCACCUCAGGAUGCCCCACCAACCACCACCAAAAUCUCCUCCGCUGUCUCAGUCCUCACCCACCACCGCUCCAAAUCCCGGUGGAGCUACCUCCGUUCUCUCUGGCCCGACGGCUUCUCCCCGGCCGAGUUUUUCCAAAUCGUUAUCCGCAUCAGAAACAAUGCCCACCUCGCCCUCCGCUUCUUUGAUUUCACCCGUCGCCACUCGCUCUGCGAGCACAACCUCGAGUCGUAUGCCGCAAUCAUUCAUGUUCUCUCAAGGGCUCGCCUCAAGGGCCAGGCUUGCUCCCUUAUCAAGGAAGCUAUGCGGGUCUCGCCCGUGUCGGAACCUGUUCGGGUCUUCGAGGUUCUUGUUAAGACGUACAGGCAAUGUGACUCGGCUCCCUUUGUUUUUGAUCUGUUGAUUGAUAGUUGUUUAGAGGUGAAGAAGAUUGAUGGGGCGGUUGAGAUUGCGAGGUUGCUGAUGUCCCGUGGGAUUAGCCCCAAAGUCGGUACUUGCAACGCCUUGAUUAAGUGUGUUUCUAGGUUUAGGGGUGUAUUGGCCGGUUAUGAGAUUUAUAGAGAGCUUUUUGGGUUAGGAUAUGCUGAAGCAGCUGAAAAUGCAAAAAGGGUUGUUAGAGUUCGCCCGAAUGUCCAAACAUUCAGUACGCUGAUGAUAUGCUUUUACAGGGAUGGUGCCCUGGAUCGAGUGAAGGAGCUUUGGAAUGAAAUGCAGAACUGCAGUUGUGCACCUAAUGCAUACAGUUAUAGUAUGCUGAUGGCCGUGUACUGUGAAGAGGGUGAGAUGGUAGAAGCUGAGAGAGUGUGGAACAAAAUGAGAACUGAUGGAGUUGAGGCUGAUUUAGUGGCUUACAAUACUAUCAUUGGUGGUUUCUGUAAGGCUGGAGAUGUUGAGAGGGCUGAAGAAUUUUUCGCAGAAAUGGAAUCGAGUGGAGUUGAGUGUACUUGUACUACUGUUGAGCACCUUAUUAGUGGAUACUGUAAGAUUGGUGAUCUUGAUGCUGCAAUGCUAUUGUACAAGGAUAUGCAUAGGAAAAAUUUUAUACCAGGAGAAUUGACAAUAGAUGCUAUAGUCAAAGGGCUCUGCAAGAAGGGUAGGGUCCACGAGGCUUUGGAUAUUAUGAAGGAAGCACAGGGCAAUCUGUGUUUGUCACCAAAACUGACCAGUUACGUGGUUUUGUUGAGGGGGUUGUGUGAGGAGGGAAAGAUGGAAGAUGCAUUGAAACUUCAGGCAGAGAUGGUUGGUAGAGGGUUUCAACCGAAUUUGCAGGUUUACUCUGCUUUUGUUGAUGGUUAUAUGAAACGAGGUAACAGUGAAAUGGCAGAAAGGCUGAGAAAAGAAAUGCAGGAUGCUCAGGUUGAUGGUUUCAGUGAUACUGUUAGGAGGUGGAAGCCACUCAUGGAAAUUAAUGACACUGAAACUUGAAGUAGUUUUCAUUUCUUCCGUACUCAAGUAGCAGUUGAAUGUGUUUAUGGUCCAUGGUAUGUUUCCACAGAAGUGGAUCCCCCAUGUCUCCAUUUUGCUGCUGGAAAUUAAUAUAUUAGCAAACUGUUCAGCUGGCCUAUAGAUUGUGCUUGGAUUGCAUUUGUGCAUAUCUCAACGAAUGGACUUUUUAGGACUAUCCAAAG